AUGCUCGACAUCAGGAAACCCGUCAUCAAAUCACAAAAUCGAAAAGCAGCCAAUUUAAUCACUCUUGCCACAGCAUGCUUUGCUACGUGCUUAGAUAUCUUAAACUUAUCUGCCACAAAUAUCGCUAUGCCUUCCAUUGCAAUUGAUUUGGGCCUUGACUCUUCGACGAUACCUUGGUUGAUUGCUUCGUAUGCCAUCGCAUUCGCUGCAUUUUUGUUGCCAGCUGGAAAAUUAGGUGAUCUUUAUGGCUAUCGCAUAAUCUACCUAUCUGGUAUGAUUCUCUUUUUGAUAGCUUCUAUUAUAUGCGCCGUCUCUCCCAACGAAUACGUUCUCUUCGUAUUCCGAGCGAUUCAAGGUCUUGGCGCGGCUUGUACAGUGCCCAACGCUAUCGCAUUGAUUGCAAACAGCUAUGAAGAUGAAAAUGCUAGAAGAAUUGCCUUAUCGACGUUUGGUGGUUCGGGUCCUAUUGGUUUUGUGUUCGGUCUCAUUCUUGGCGGUGUCUUAUCUUUCACCAUUGGAUGGCGAUGGAUCUUCUAUAUUUCAGCCAUAUGUUCGUUUGUCAUGCUCAUUCUCGCUUUUCUCUAUGUUCCGUACUUCCGACACGAAGGAUCGUCUGAGAAGGUGGAUGUGCUUGGAUUCCUUCUUGUAACGAGCGGAUUUAUCCUCAUUAUUUACGCCCUCUCCGACGGACAAUGGCACCUUGCUCGUGACCCUGCCACUCUCAUUAUUGGAGUCUUCCUGAUUGUUGUGUUUCUAUUGUGGCAGUUCAAGGCAACUUAUCCUCUUAUACGUCCUAGCUUGUGGCGCCGUCAAAAUUUCGCUGUCGCUUUCGUGAUCAGCUUUUUGCAUUAUGCAGUGUUCAUGGGAUAUAUCUAUGUAACAACGCUUAUGUUCCAAGAUGCCUUCGGCUAUACUGCGCUUCAAACUGCGCUUUACUACCUUCCUAUGGGAAUAGUGGCAUUUAUCAGCGCAAAUGGUACAGGAUAUAUAACACCUUACACUGGAGUGCGUAGUAUCAUGGUUGUUGGAUCUCUUUUAGGACUGGCAACCAACGUUGGUGCAUUGUUCUACUCUCCAGAGAUAGGGUUCUGGAAACUCAUCUUCCCAGUAUCACUCCUCCUAGCCUUAGGUCUACCAAUGCUUUAUGUAGGGGGUCAAAAUGCUAUGAUUGCCACUGCACCUCCAAGUGAAACUGGAACGCUUGGGGCUGUUUACAACACUGCUGCACAACUUGGGUCUGGUGUUGGUACUGCCAUUAUGACCGCUGUGAUUGAUGGCGUCAACAAGAACGGAGAAAAGGACAUCAGCGGUUUACCUGGAUAUCAUGCGGCCUUUUAUGUCAAUAUUGCUUUACUUGCUAUUUGUGUUGUCGUCAGUGCUGUGUUCGUCAAGGAUGAUCGCAAGAAUGUGAAAGGCUCGGAUGAAUCUGUUGCAACUUUACAAGAUAUGGAGAAGGGUCAAGUGGAAGAUGUCGAAUUUGCAACAGAGCAAGCUGAGAGUUCCGAUCGUACGGCGACCAACAUUUCCGCCUGA